AUGGAAGACUCCGAUGAUGAAUACGUCGCGCCACAAUCUCGUCCAGGCACCGUAGAUGUAGAGCUGGACGUUGUGCUGGCAGGAUCGGAAGAUGGAAUGGCUCGUCGUACCAGAGCUACUGCGACACCUUCAGCACCUCCAGGAGGUAGAAGUGGGGCUAUCAGUGAUUUGAAAAGUGCCAAUGGUGGGUAUGCAUGGGAAGAUGAAUACCAGAGGUCUUGGGAUGUGGUCAAGGACGAUGACAGGGAUGGUGGUCGAUCUCUUGAUGCCAUCAUUCAAACAAUGAUCGAUAAUCGGAAAAAGAAGAUUAUGAAAAACUCAUCCACACCAUUCCAAAGAGGUAUUAUUAGAACAGUGGUAGUUGUCAUCGAUGGUUCCCUGACGAUGCUGGAAAAGGACUUACGUCCAACUCGGUUUGGGAUGAUGUUGGCCCUCUUGGCGGACUUUGUGGUUGAAUUUUUCGAUCAAAACCCAAUCUCCCAAAUGGGAAUAGUCAUGAUGAGAAAUGGGGUUGCAUACCUUGUUAGUGAGGUCAAUGGACUGCCCCAAACACAUUUGGAGAAGAUCAGACAACUUCGAGCUCGUCAACAUAACCGGUACGAACCCAAAGGUGACCCUUCGCUACAAAAUGCAUUGGAAAUGUCUCGACUGUUACUCAAAGUAAGUUUUGGUCAAAAUAAUCGAAAUUCGAAAGAAAUUUUGGUCAUUUUGGGUGCAUUGUUUACCUCUGAUCCAGGAGAUAUCCACAAAACGAUCAAUAGUUUGGUCAAAGAUGAAAUCAAAGUCAGAGUGAUUGGACUCUCGGCACAAGUGGCCAUCUGUCAAGAAUUGGUCAAUCGUACAAAUCACACUCAAACGGUGAAGACAGUAGCCCCUGCAGGUACCGGUGGCAACUAUGGUAUUAUCAUGAACGAGGCACAUUUUAGAGAAUUGCUCUUGGAUUGUGUGGUUCCAUUACCCGUAGCAGAAACAGAAUCAUUGGCCAGUACCGAAGGUACGGAGUCUAAAGGUGUCCCACUUAUUAAAAUGGGAUUCCCGCUGAAAAUACGACCAACCCCAGUAACUAUGGGGCUCCCACAACUUUUCGCUUCAUCAGUGGAAGACUCUGAGGAUCGAACUGAAGGUGCUUCAAAUAAUUUGUCUGGGUCGGGAGUUGGUGGUGUAGGAGGAAACUCUGGGGGUUCCAAUGCUGCUGCUGCUAAUGGCAUUGCUCUCGGUAGUCAGAAUGGUGCACCAGCUGCCACCGGGUAUCAAUGUCCUCAAUGUUCCAAUAAAGUUGCUCACCUCCCUACGGUUUGUCCCAUCUGUGGCUUGAUGCUUAUCUUAUCAACCCAUUUGGCCCGUUCGUACCAUCAUCUUGUUCCUCUCAUUGAUUUCAAAGAAGUACCAGUAGCUGAAUCGUAUCCAAGUACAUGCUGCUACGGUUGCUUGCUCCGAUUCCCUGAAGGUUGUAAGGGAAAGAAAGCAGGAAGUUUGGAACUACUCACAAGUUCACGGUACCGUUGUAAGAAGUGCCAAAGUGAUUUUUGCAUAGAUUGUGAUGUUUUCAUCCACGAAACCCUUCAUAAUUGUCCUGGUUGUGAAAAUAUAAAGUACAGACAAGCAUAG